GAAGUUGCUUCCAUCAUGGCAGAACUCAAGGUGGAGACCCGGACCAGUGUGGACUGGCAGAAGCGCUGCCUGGCCCUGGAAAGCCAGCUAUUCCGGUUCCGCCUGCAGGCCAGCAAGAUAAGGGAGCUGUUGGCCGACAAGAUGCAGGAGCUGGAGCAGAGGCUGCUGGAGGCAGAGCAGAGAGCAGAGGACGCGGAGACCCAGGUGGGUGUGAUGGAAGAGAAGGUGAAAUUGUCCAAUCUGAAGAAUGUGGACUCAGCAGGCAGCCUGCACCGGAAGUACCAAGAAUUGCUGAAUGCCAUGCAGGGCAAAGACGAACUCAUCGGCCGGCUGGAGGCACAGUUGGAGAAGCAGAAGAAGAUGAGAGCUGAGGAAGCAAAAAUCGUUCAAGAAAAAGCUGCAAAGAUCAAGGAAUGGGUGACCCUGAAGUUAGCAGAGCUUGAGAUGGAGAAUCAGCACCUGAAAAGCUGUAAUCAGCACCUGGUGGAGCAGGUGGGAGCCCUUCAACAUGCACUAGAAGCUCUUCAGAUGGCACCUUCGGGGAAGCUGCUGGUGGCCCCCCAGGGAACCACAGAGCAGGAUUCUGUCCCUGCAGGACCAGGAGCCCAGCCAGUGGGGCAGGACGGUGGUGCUCAGGCCCAGGGUGCCCUGAAGGCAGCUAUGCCCGUACCUUCUCCAGGUGCUCUGCAGAGCAAGGACUCUGUUCCUAAAGCAGGAAGCCCCUUGGAGGAUUCUAGUUCCAGUAUGGUCCACCCUGGAGAAACAUCAGAGGCCAAGACCCUUCCACUUCAUCUGGGAGGACAGGGCUCUCCUGGCCAGCUGUGCCUGAAGCCUUGCACCCCCAGGCAUGGUUUGGCUUCCUGGGGUGAAGGCCUGGUCACUGCUCAGGGAGGGACGCUCCCCAGGACGAAGACCUCUGCCAGGGAAGGAGGCCCCGGCUGCAGCCUGACUCUGCCGAAGGUGCGGGCUCCCAGCACCCACCGGGACAGCAUCCAGCUGGCCAAGCGGCACCACAGCCAGCCCCAGGCGGGCCCUGCGCACUUCGGCCACGUGGUGAGCAUUGAGAUUGGGACACUCUCAGCCCUCCACUCCUCUAGCCUUCCCAAGGUGGAGGCUGGACCUGAGCUCCGGGAAGAACCGGAGAAGAUGGAGAUGGAUGAGCAACCCUCAGCGGGGAAGAUGGAGGAAGUGGAUUUGGGGAACAAACCACCUACACCCCCCCUGCACCGGUUUCCAUCCUGGGAGAGCCGGAUCUACGCUGUGGCCACGUCAGGCAUGCGGCUGUCCGAAGUGUCUGCUAGAAGUAAUGCCACCUGCUGCGCCUCAAGCCCUCCAGCCCUUGCAUCCCCUGGGCCUUUCUCUGGCCUGGUCUGCAAGAACGUCACCGUGCCGGUCUACACAGCCUUGAAGGGGAAAGCCAUGCAGAUUAGCACGGUGCCCUUUGUGGACGAGUCCUCUGGGUCCGAUGAUGACUGCAGCUCCCAGGCGAGCUUCCGAACUUCAGUGCCCUGCUCUGAGUCCAGGAAGACCAGUGGACUGGGCAGCCCCCGGGCCAUCAAGAGAGGCGUCUCCAUGUCCUCGCUGAGCUCCGAGGGCGACUAUGCCAUCCCCCCGGACGCCUGCUCCCUGGACAGCGACUACUCAGAGCCUGAGCACAAACUACAGCGCACCUCAUCCUACUCCACUGACGGGCUGGGCCCAGGCGGGGAGUCACUGGAGAAGUCAGGCUACCUGUUGAAAAUGGGGAGCCGGGUGAAGACGUGGAAGAGGCGCUGGUUUGUCCUGAGACAGGGACAGAUCAUGUACUACAAGUCUCCGAGUGACAUCAUUCGGAAACCUCAAGGUCAAGUGGAACUGAACUCCCGUUGCCAAAUUGUUCGAGGGGAGGGUGCACAGACAUUCCAGCUCAUCUCUGAGAAGAAGACCUAUUACCUGACAGCGGACUCGCCCAGCCUGCUGGAGGAGUGGAUCCGUGUCCUACAGAGCCUGCUGAAGGUCCAGGCCAUUGGGCCUCCGGCCCUGACUCAGGGCGGCGCCAAGCCUGCUGUGAAGGGCUGGCUGACUAAGGUCAAGCAUGGCCAUUCCAAACUGGUCUGGUGUGCUCUUGUUGGGAGAACCUUCUACUACUAUCGAAGCCACGAGGACAAGCGCCCCCUGGGCCGUCUGCCUGUGCGGGACGCACGCAUAGAGGAAGUAGAUCGAUCCUGUGACUCAGACGAGGACUAUGAGGCUGGAGGGACCCGGCGGUUGCUUUCCUCCCACUGCACCCUUGUGAUCCACCCCCCAGAGCACAGCCCCACCUACCUCCUCAUUGGCACCAAGCAUGAAAAGGAUACGUGGCUUUACCACCUCACAGUGGCUGCAGGUGGCAGCAGUGCCAAGGUGGGCACUGCCUAUGAGCAGCUCAUUGGACAGCUGAUGGAUGGUGAGGGAGACCCAGAUUCCCCCCUCUGGAGGCACCCCAUGCUGUGCUACAGCAAAGACGGGCUGUACACCUCCCUCACCACACUGCCCUCCGAGGCCCUGCAGACGGAGGCCGUCAAGCUCUUCAAGUCGUGCCAACUCUUCAUCAACGUGCCCGUGGAAGCGGCCUCGGUGGACUACCAUGUGUCCCUGGCCCAGACCGCACUGCAGGUCUGCCUCGUUCACCCCGAGCUGCAGAGCGAGCUGUACUGCCAGCUCAUGAAGCAGACCAGCUGCCGCCCGCCGCAGAAGUGCUCCCUCAUGCAGUGCUGGCAGCUCCUGGCUCUGUGUGCCCCACUUUUCCUGCCUCAGCACCACUUCCUCUGGUACGUCAAACAGCAGCUCCAGCGCCACGCAGAUCCCCGAAAUGAGACGGGCCAGUACGCCACGUACUGCCAGCGGGCAGUGGAGCGGACGCUGCAGACUGGGGAGCGGGAGGCCAGGCCCUCGCGCAUGGAGGUGGUGUCUAUCCUGCUGCGGAACCCCUUCCACCACUCCUCGCCCUUCAGCAUCCCCGUGCACUUCACCAACGGGACUUACCAGGUGGUGGGUUUUGACGGCUCCUCCACAGUUGACGAGUUCCUCCAGCGGCUGAACCAGGAGACGGGCAUGAGGAAGUCCUCCCAUUCUGGCUUUGCCCUCUUCACGGACGACCCUUCUGGCAGGGACCUGGAAUACUGCCUGCAGGGGAGUGUCAAGAUCUGCGAUGCCAUCUCCAAGUGGGAACAAGCCCUGAAGGAGCUGCACUCCGGAAAGUCUGAGGGUGGCACACGUGUCGUGAAGCUGAUGUACAAGAACAGGCUGUACUUUCGGAGUCAAGUCAAAGGGGAGACAGAGCGAGAGCGCCUGCUGCUUGCCUCCCAAACUAGCGGAGAGAUAGUGGCAGGGAGGUUUCCUGUCAACAAGGAGCUGGCUCUGGAGAUGGCGGCACUGAUGGCCCAGGUAGAGUAUGGGGACUUGGAGAAGCCCAUCCUUCCAGGACCUGGGGGCACACCCCCUGCCAAGGCUCUGCAUCACCUCCAGCAGGUCCUAGACAGGUUCUACCCAAGGCGCUACAGACACGGGGCCCCCCUGGAACAGCUGAGGCACCUGGCAGAUCAGCUGACCACAAAGUGGGCAGCACUGCGAGGCUGCUCCUCUCCUGAGUGCAUCCGCAUCUACCUGACAGUGGCCCGGAAAUGGCCCCUCUUUGGUGCUAAGCUCUUUGCUGCUCAGCCUGCACAGCUGUCUUCCAAGGAGAACACUCUGGUGUGGAUUGCCGUGAAUGAGGAUGGUGUCAGCAUCCUGGACCACAACACCAUGCAAGUGCACGUCACUUAUCCCUACUCUUCAGUGAUGACCUUUGGUGGCUGCCGGGAUGACUUCAUGCUUGUGAUUAGAUCCAUUUCAGACAAGAGCUCUGGAAAAGGCCACAUUGAGAAGUUGAUCUUCCGGAUGGCUGCUCCCAAGAUUGCAGAGGUGACCUUCAUCAUGGCCAGCUACAUGAACCACUGCUCCACAACCGUGGACCCACCCCCCAACCCGCCUGCUGCCUGCCAGCCAUGGGAACUGGAUGGACGACAGUUCUUUGCUUCUGUUCCAUGUGCUGCCAAGGGGCCAACGUUGCUGUGA